AUGUCCAUUCCACACAGCCAUUCUUCCUCUCUCAUCUUCUCAUCCCAAAAUCACACGUCUUUGGUGGUAAACAACACAUUAACUCCUGACUCCACAACCCAGAGUCCCAGUAGUCUGACCGGUAACCUUCUUCAGAUGGAUGGAGGAUUAUACAACCAAUCAUUGGAGGCUCAGGGACUUUCCAGAGCACCUACUAACAGAAAUGGAGAGCCAGUGAUGGGGUUGGCUUAUUUGCCCUAUUCAAAUUGCCCAAACUCAACAACUUCUGAGAGACCAGCGCAGCAGAGUCAUAUCAUGCACCAGGAAUUCUCCCAGUUCCUUCUUCCUCCUCCACCAUCCACACUCCGUCAGCCAGGCCAGAAGAGGGGCCUGAGUAAGGACAGCAUGGAAUAUCGGCUAAGGCGUGAACGUAACAACAUUGCUGUGAGGAAAAGCCGGGAUAAAGCACGUCGACGUAUCCAUCUUACCCAGCAAAAAGCCAUGGAGCUGCAAGAGGAAAAUCACAGGUUACUGCUUCACAUCGAACAACUGAGCCAUGAGGUAGAUGCGCUUAGGCAUUAUCUCUCACAGCGUCACCUACAGGCAAAAUUGGACUCAGGAGGUAAAGAGAACCGCUGA